UGCAAACGUUGGCUCAUUUGAACGAGUCGAGUGGAAUUAAACUAAUUGAUAUUUCUAACAAACCUUCUCUCAAUACUUGUCACAAUUUUGUCCAGCUAAUUCGUCUUUACAUUUCGUUCGACACAGCAGCCCCUUCAAAUGAUUUUUACAGAUUUUUCGAUUUUUAUAAUAAAUACCAUCUGAUUAGUUAAAAAUGUGCGGGCGGUUAGGUUGUCACAUUUUAAUUGCUACACCAGGUCGUUUAAUUGAUGUUAUGCAAAAUGGCUAUAUAGCUUUGACUUCUUGUCAUUAUCUAGUUUUAGAUGAAGCUGAUCGUAUGUUAGAUAUGGGGUUUGAGCCCCAAAUUCGUCAAAUUGUUGAAGCUUCAAACAUGCCAGUUAAAGGGGAACGAAUUACAGCAAUGUUUUCUGCCACCUUCCCAAAGGAAAUACAAGUUUUAGCUCAGGAUUUUCUAAUGCCUGAUUAUGUGUUUCUUGCUGUUGGACGUGUUGGUUCAACAUCUGAAAACAUUCGUCAGAACGUUCUUUGGGUGGAAGAACAUAACAAAAAACACCUUUUGGCCGAUUUGUUGGAUGGCAGUGAACCUGAUGCUUUGACUUUAAUUUUCGUUGAAACAAAGCGUGGAUGUAGCGAUCUUGCUUAUCUACUCCAACGUGAUGGCUAUCAAUGUGUUGCAAUUCAUGGAGAUUUGAAACAGAUGGAUCGUGAACGCCAUUUGGAUAGUUUUCGAAUUGGAUCGACACCAAUACUUGUUGCUACAGCCGUUGCUGCUAGAGGACUUGAUAUUCCGAAUGUUAAACAUGUGAUAAAUUAUGACCUUCCAAAUAAUAUUGAUGAAUAUGUUCAUAGGAUUGGACGUACAGGACGUGUGGGAAAUAUUGGAUUGGCAACUUCAUUUUUUAAUGACAAAAAUAGAAAUAUUACUCAUGAGUUGGCUGAAUUAAUUGUUGAAACUAAUCAGCAAUUACCCGAUUGGCUUGAACAAAUUUCUCGCGAGUCAGGCAAAUAUGGAGGUGUUCGGACUCAUGGAGGCGGUGGUGGGCGGCGUGGUGGAAGUUCAAAUCGUUUUGGAGGGUUAGUCUAA